AUGGGCUUGACGGGCACCAAGCGGAGACUUCCUUUCGGCCCUAGCGUUCCUCCUCCGACCCCACCUCCCGCACUCACAGGCCGGCAGUGGAGGCUCCCCUCCCCUCCCAUGGCGCCACCGCCCCAACCCCUCCACGCCUCAUUCCUCUGCUCCCUCGCGCUCGCGCUCCUCCGCGCCGGCCGCCUCUCCGCGGCCUCCCACGUCGCCUCCACCCUGCCGGCCGCAUCCCCUCCCGCGGUGCUCCUCCGCCGCCUCAUCCCGGCCCUCGCCUCCGCGGGCCUCGCCGCCGCCGCCGUCCGCUUCCGCCCCGUCCCCGGCGACCCGCUCUCCCUCAACUCCACCCUCCUCUCCCACUGCGCCCUCCGCUCGUUCCGCCCCGCGCUGGCCCUCCUCCGCUCCUCCGAGUCCGUGGACACCGUCAGCUAUAACGUCCUCAUCUCGGGCCUCGCCGAGCAGGGCCGCCACGGGGGCCUCGCCCCGGUCCUGCUCGCCGAGAUGUGCAAGCGCGGCGUCCCGUUCGACGCCGUCACCGUCAACACGGCGCUCGUGGCGCUCUGCAGGGAUGGCCAGGUGGAGGGAGCGGCGGCGUUGGCUGAGAUGAUGGUGAGGGGCGGGGGAAUCCACAGGCUGGAUGUGGUGGGUUGGAAUGCCCUCAUUGAUGGGUACUGUAAGGCGGGAGACAUGGAGGCGGCGCUGGCAGCGGCCCAGAGGAUGAAGACACAGGGGGUGGGAGUUGAUGUGGUGGGGUACAAUACCUUGGUUGCUGGGCUCUGCCGUGCCGGCGAGUCUGAUGCUGCAAGGAACAUGCUGGAGACAAUGAAGGGGGACGGCGUGGAGCCGAACGUGGUGACAUACACGACAUUCAUCGCUGAGUGUUGUAGGACGAAUGCGGUUGAUGAUGCCUUCAGUCUGUAUGAAGAAAUGGUGAGGAUGGGUGUCCUGCCGGAUGUGGUCACACUCAGCGCUCUUGUUGAUGGGCUUUGCAGGGCCGGGCGGUUCUCAGAAGCGUAUGCACUUUUCAGGGAGAUGGAGAAGAUUGGGGCUGCGCCGAACCAUGUCACCUAUUGUACACUGAUUGAUUCACUGUGGAAGGCACGGAGGGGCAAUGAGUCGCACGGUCUAUUGGCGGAGGUGGUCUCCAGAGGCGUGGUCAUGGAUUUGGUCAUGUAUACAUCUUUAAUGGACUGGUUGGGCAAGCAAGGGAAGAUCGAUGAAGUGAAGGACACGUUUCGUUGUGCUCUGUCGGAUAAUCAUACUCCCAAUGGUGUCACUUAUACCGUACUAAUCGAUGCACUCUGCAGAGCUGGUAAUGUUGAUGGGGCAGAGCAGAUGUUGUUGGAAAUGGAGGAUAAAUCUGUUCGUCCAAAUGUAGUUACAUUCUCAUCAAUCAUCAAUGGUCUUAGUAAACAAGGAUUGCUUGACAAGGCAACUGAUUACAUGAGGAAGAUGAAGGAAAGGGGCAUUGAUCCAAAUGUUGUGACCUAUGGAACAGUUAUCGAUGGCUUCUUCAAGUGCCAGGAGCAAGAAUCAGCUCUUGACUUGUACCAUGAAAUGCUGUGUGAGGGUGUGGAAGUUAAUAAAUUUAUUGUUGAUUUGCUGGUGAAUGGUCUGAGGAAAAAUGGGAAAAUGGAGGAAGCUGAAGCGCUGUUUAGAGAUAUGAAUAAACGUGGUAUGCUACUAGACCAUGUAAACUACACCACUUUGAUAGACGGGCUCUUUAAAAUGGGUAACAUGCCGGCUGCUUUCAAAGUUGGUCAGGAGUUGACGGAGAGAAACUUGUUGCCUGAUGCUGUUGUCUAUAAUGUGUUUGUCAAUUGCCUUUGUAUGCUUGGGAAAUCUAAGGAAGCAGAAUCAAUUUUGAAAGAGAUGCAAACUACAGGUUUGAAACCUGACCAAGUGACAUAUAAUACUAUGAUCACUGCACAGUGCAGGGAAGGGAAGACUGCCAAAGCUCUAAAACUCCUCCAUGAAAUGAAGAGGAGUUCCAUAAAGCCGAACCUCAUCACAUACAGUACACUUAUUGCGGGUCUUUUUGAGGCUGGGUCUGUCGAGAAGGCGAAGUUUUUGUUAAAUGAGAUGGCUUCGUCUGGAUUCUCUCCGACCUCUCUGACUCAUCGAAAGGUGCUGCAAGCAUGCUCUCAAAGCGGGAGACCAAACAUGAUUUUGGAAAUUCAUGAAUGGAUGGUGAAUGCUGGGCUUUCUGCUGAUAUCACUGUCUAUAAUACACUUCUGCGUGUUUUGUGUUAUCAUGGAAUGACAAGGAAAGCUACAGUUGUCUUGCAAGAGAUGUCAGGAAGAGGAAUUGCCCCAGACACCAUCACAUUCAAUGCUCUAAUUCUUGGUCAUUUCAAGAGCACCCAUGUAGACAAUGCCUUUGGUACUUAUGAUGAGAUGCUUCGCCAUGGGGUCUCACCGAACAUAGCUACAUUCAACACGCUCUUGGGUGGGCUUGAGUCAGCUGGAAGAAUUGGAGAAGCAGAUAAGGUGCUGAAUGAGAUGAAGAGAAGGGGCAUUGAGCCCAGCAAUCUGACUUAUGACAUACUGGUCACAGGAUAUGGAAAACAAAGCAACAAAGUUGAAGCAAUGCGGUUGUAUUGUGAAAUGGUGGCUAAAGGCUUUCUUCCAAAAGUAAGCACAUACAAUGCACUCAUAAGCGACUUUGUUAAAGUUGGAAUGAUGAGUCAAGCUAAAGAGUUGCUCAACGAAAUGAACAAGAGGGGUGUUCCACCCACAUCCUGCACUUACGAUAUUCUUGUGUGUGGAUGGGCAAAGCUUAGAAAUGGUACAGAGGUGAGAAAAUUGCUCAAAGAUAUGAAGGACAAAGGAUUUAGUCCAUCGAAGGGCACUCUUAAUUCUAUAUGCAGAGCAUUUUCAAAACCAGGGAUGACCUGGGAAGCUCAGCGUUUACUUAAAAAGCUUUACAAGGUUUAGGAGUGUCAAGCAUUGAUUUCUCAUCUACCAAGCAAACAUCGAUGAUGGUCUGAUUGAGACUGUUCUUAGUAUGACCGCGUCUCGCGGCACGCCGUCAAACGUGACAAGAAGCUACUGGCAGAGAUGAUCGCCGAGUCACGUGAUGACCCUUUGAAUGAGCGGAAGAUCAUGAAUUAUGUGAAAAGAUCCCCCACAAGCUCCAAAG